CCUGUCAUUUCUGCACCAGACUGGACAUUACCAUUCGAAUUAAUGUGUGAUGCCAGUGACCAUGCUAUUGGUGCAGUAUUAGGACAGAGGCAUGACAAGCUUCUGCACGUCAUUUACUAUGCUAAGUUUGAUAUAGAAAUAAGAGACAAAAAAGGAACAGAGAAUCAAGUAGCAGAUCACCUAUCCAGAAUCCCUCAUGAUAAAGGUGGAGCACAUGAUACAAGUGUAAAUGAGCUCUUUCCUAAUGAGCAGUUGAUGACAGUUCACAAAGCACCAUGGUUUGCAGACAUUGCCAACUUCAAGGCAACUGGGGAUCUACCUCCAGAGAUCAACAAACAUCAAAAAAGAAAGCUCAUAAAUGAUGCAAAAUAUUUUGUCUGGGAUGAGCCAUAUCUCUUCAAGAAGUGUUCAGAUGGAAUCCUGAGAAGAUGUAUUUCAGAAGAAGAAGGACGAGAGGUCCUGUGGAAUUGCCACAGCUCGUGCUAUGGAGCAAUGGAUUACGUUUCCAAGUGGGUGGAGGCUAUUGCAACUCCAACGAAUGAUAACAAGGUGGUCAUGAACUUCCUCAGGAAGAAUAUCUUUAGCCGGUUUGGAGUUCCAAGAGCACUCAUCAGUGAUGGAGGGAGCCAUUUUUGUAACAGACCACUAGAAGCUCUUCUCCUACGAUACGGGAUGAAACACAAGGUUGCCACCCCUUACCAUCCCCAAGUGGCGGCGGCGGCGUCCGGCGCAGUAACGGGGCACGGUGUCGCGGUGGCUGCUGAUGGGGGCAGUGGCGGCGAGGGUUUUGGGAACCAAAUGACGACUCGUGGAUGCGAACACGGUCAAGGAGGAGGUUGGAGUGGUAGUGAGGGACCCGAGACUACUGAGAACAACCUAACAAACUUCAUGGCUGUAUUUGAGAACAUGGCUGCUGCGAUGCAGGCCACGGCUGUGGCGUUAGGAAAUCAAACUGGUAAUAUGAAUGGUGGUAACAGAGUAAAUGGGUCAAUGACUUUAGCUACCUUCAUGAAAGUAAACCCACCAAUCUUUAGAGGAACGACAAACCCCAUGGAGGUAGAUAAUUGGUUCAGGCCAUGGAAAGAGCCUUGCAAGUGCAACAGGUCCCUAAAGGUCAAUAUGUUGAGUUUGCUACAUACCAGUUGA